AUGAAGGGCACCAAGGACUUCCCGCAGUGCGGCUUCUCCAACACGGUGGUGCAGAUCCUCAAGCUACUCAACGUGCCCUUCGAGACCCUCAACAUCCUCGAGAACGAGUUCCUCCGGCAGGCCCUCAAGGAAUACUCCAACUGGCCCACCUUCCCCCAGCUCUACAUCGACGGCGAGUUCUUCGGCGGCUGCGACAUCACCGUCGGUCGGCCCCGCUCUCCUCUUUCCUCUUCUUCUCUUUUCCUUCCUCUAGUGAUCAAUCCAUCCUCUCUCCUUCUCUGAGCCCUCAAUCUCCUUUCCUCUGCGACAGAAGCGUACAAGAGCGGGGAGUUGCAGGAGCUGCUGGAGAAGACGAUGUGCUCCUAG